UUUAACAUCGAUCACCUCAUGAUGGUCCCUGUAGUAUUUUUUACCAGUAUUAGAAGGGUGGGUGGAAAGGGCGGUCGAGUGAGAAGGGUUGAAGGAGAGGUCGUGGACGACAGGCAGUAAGAAUUGGCGGAAAUGGACUUCUCCUGGCCCUCUUUCACCGAAGUUUGGAAGGACUCCAAGAUGACGACCCAGGAGGUUCUGGCACUUCAGGCUCCAGCUAAAUAUCACCUCAUACUCCGGAGAUGUUGAAAAAAAAUAUCUGAUUAAUAACUGUAAAAAUGGUCGUUAACGUAUUGGACGAGUCGCAUCUGGCGAUAAGUGCGAUUGUCACCGUGACGAUGCAGGUGAUCUUCUUUUGCAUCGCUGCUUAUUUCCAAUUCGACAAACUUACUGAUUUCGCCGGGGGCGUCAAUUUUAUAAUAAUAGCGUUGACAACUUUUUUCCUCGGGCAGCAGCAGUUUAGACCCUCUUACGAUAAUAGACAAUUGAUGGUCACUGCCUUGGUAUGCCUCUGGGGGGUGAGGCUCUCGGGCUACCUCCUCUACAGGAUAAUGCAAGUCGGGAGAGAUGCUAGGUUCGAAAGCAGAAAAAGCAACGUUAUAAGAUUUGCAGUAUUCUGGACAUUCCAGGCAGUUUGGGUGUUUGUUGUAAGUCUUCCAGUGAUAUUCAUAAAUGCACCUCAUAAUUCCAUUUCGAGAGGGGCUCCAAGAACGAUGGCCCCGUUGGACUCUGCAGGGACAAUUAUGUUUUUUGCCGGGUUACUCAUUGAAACGUAUGCCGACCUCCAAAAGUUUUCGUUUCACUCUGAUCCUGCCAAUAAAGGAAAAUGGUGCAAUGAUGGUUUAUGGAGUCUAUCGAGGCAUCCGAAUUAUUUUGGAGAGAUUGUCGUUUGGAUUGGAAUAUUCGUAAUAUCGACUAACGUAAUUGAAGGAUUUGAAUGGAUAUCUGUUGCUAGCCCUAUAUUCACAGCUUUUAUUAUUCUCUUUGUUUCUGGAAUUCCUUUAGUAGAAAGAGCAGCUGACAUGAAAUACAGAAACGACCCGCAAUAUAGGAUAUACAAAGCAUCAACAUCCCCUCUCAUACCUCUUCCGUCAGCAUUCUACAGUGAAGUACCUCGAGGUAUGAAGUUUAUACUUUGCUUUGAGUACCCAAUGUAUGAUUCUCUGGACGAAAAGGAAAAGUUAGACCCCACAGGUGUAUCCGCUGGUUCCUAGCAAAAACAAAUCCCAAGCAGUGAAAUCAUUCGUCUUUCAACACCGUUGCUUUCUUGCACGAGUGUUUAGAACAAAAAAAAAAUCACACUGCUUGGGCACAUUUAUUGCAUUGCCACCCUUUAGUACUAUAAUCAUUUUCACAAUGAUAGUGUUUUAAAUAUUAACUUUCAACAGCACUUACUAGCCCAGAGGUUUUUACCUAGUAUGAAUAGAAAUUGUCUUAAAAAAAAAAAUCAUUCGUGCUAAAUUUUGGGUGGUACUUGUUCACAUUAGUCUAAUGUCUAAAGUAUAGUUCUGGAAAUUACAGUAAUUUCCAAGUGGCCUAAAUAACUAAUUUUUUUCAUAUAAAUAUCUAAUUUUAGAAUAUUCUAUUUAUAGAAAUAGCAGUAGACUCAAAAUAAUCAAAUUAAAAACAUAUACAAUUAUGAGGUAUUUAGAAAACUAGUAUACUUACAUCUUUUAUUAAACCAUGUUAUUAUACAAAAUUUAUAUAAUCUAACAUGUCUUAAGUUUUUAUAAUGGACAACAAAAAUCAUUUUCUUAUAGACUGAGAUGGAUAUUUGAAUUAUUCUAAUAAAUGUUCUGUGUAACACGAUCAGAAUAAAAAAUAAAUAAAUAAAACAAGAGUAAUAAGUCAUUAUUAUUCAGAAAAACUACCAAAGUAGAUUAAAACAAUGGCUGAAAUCUAGUUGAUAAAUCACACAAGUCAAAACGAGGAAAUAUAUUUUUGAGCCAUUUUACUAUUUUGGCUAAGUAUUGACUUAACCAAGGAAUAAAUUUCAAAAUUGUUUCAUCCACUUCUUAAGUACAAAAAAUUCAAGUAUUUAAGUAUAACAACCAGCUUUAAUACUAUGCCACGUCUAAA